CAAACCGAUGUGGUUUUACUAAGUCACCGCACUUUAGAAAUUUCUAGCCGGGUUGCGGCUGCCUUCGAUAUGGUUCGAGAGAAGAGGUAUUACGAUAUAUUGGGUGUAUCCCCCAAUGCGACGCCGGAAGAAAUAAAAAAGGCCUACAGGAAAUUGGCUCUUCAACACCAUCCAGAUAAGAGCAAAGAUAACGGCGAAAAAUUCAAGGAGAUAUCACAAGCCUUCGAGGUUAUUGGUGACCCGACCAAACGCAAAAUAUAUGAUGAAGGUGGUGAGCAAGCUCUAAAGGAAGGAGGGGCAGAUGCCGGUUCUUUCCAUAAUCCGAUGGAUAUAUUCGAAAUGUUUUUCGGCGGCGGUGGCAGCCGUUCGCGCGGUCCUAAGCGGGGGAAGGACACCGUUUUCCAGCUUUCUGUAAAACUGGAGGAGCUGUAUAACGGAUGUGUCCGGAAGCUAUCUAUUACGAAAAACGUUAUAUGCCCGAAAUGUGACGGCCGUGGAGGCAAGUCUGGUGCUGUGAAGCUCUGCCCUACUUGCCGUGGUACAGGAAUUCAGACACACGUUCGCCAGUUGGGUGUUGGAUUUGUGCAGAGAAUUCAGAGCACUUGCUCAGUUUGUAAAGGUGAGCGGGAGAUUAUCGACCCCAAGGAUUGUUGCAAGGCUUGUGAGGGACGAAAGGUCGUUAGGGAGAAGAAAAUCAUAGAAGUACCAAUAGACAAGGGGAUGGCUGAUGGUGAGACCAUUAAAUUUUCUGGGGAGGGUGAUGCCGAGCCUGGUCUUGAACCCGGUGACGUCGUAGUCGUGAUUGAUGAACAGCCUCACGACCGUUUCGUUCGUCGCCGCACUGAUCUUAUUUACACCAUGCAACUGACGUUGAGCGAGGCUCUCUGUGGUUUUAUCCGGACCAUCAACACACUGGAUGACCGGACGCUUCUAGUUACCUCGAAACCUGGUGAAGUGUUCACGAACACCGAAUAUCGGUCAAUCGAAGGCGAAGGAAUGCCGAGGCACAGGAACCCUUUCGAAAAAGGUUUGCUGGUUAUUCGCUUUCAAGUGGUUUUUCCACCAUCUAAUUUUCUCCCAACGAAUAAACUGAACCAGCUGCGCGAUCUCCUUCCUCCUCCUACGCAUAUGGAUGAUAUUCCUCCUGAUGCGGAGGAGGUUGCGCUACAUCCUUUCGACCCUGAGCAUGAAGCACAUCAAAGUCAUGUCCACAAGAGAGAGGCGUAUGAUGAUGACGAGGGACAGGACGGCAACCCUAGAGUUCAGUGCGCCUCUGCCUGACCACAAUCCAACUUGAGACUUCGCUUAACGCGUCGUUAUCACCCGUUGCACUUUUCGAAGCGAUCUUAUAAUGUGUGUAAUCAGUCUUUCGUCUAGUCAGAAGUAAAUACUUUUGACACCU